CUUUUGAGUUCUUUCAUGUAGCACGCGUCCUCUUCUUCAUCACUCCCCCACAUUAAAAAAAAAGAGCAUAAAAAGAAAAGAGAAAUUUAAGGUUCUCAUCCUGAUCAUAAACGCAUUUCAAGAACUCAAGUUUACUCUGAUCAUAAUCUGUUAUUGCCUGCAACACCAUGACGGUCAAAAGUAGUCUUCCAUUUAACUUUAAGGUUGGUCAGCAAGUAGAGGCUAAGUCUUUUGAAGAAGGUUAUCGUGGAGCAUGGUUUCGAUGCAAGAUAAAAGGUUGCAAGAAAGGCAAAGAACCCACAGUUGCAUUGGAUUAUAUUGACUAUAACGAUUAUAGUAAGUAUGAAAAUUAUUGGAUUAACUUGUACGAGUAUCAUCAGUUUCCGGCCGAAAAACAUAGAGGUUUAGAAAACAAACAUUUGAUGCUGCGCCCUAGCUAUCCUCAGAUCUACCAUCAAAGUCAAAUGCCUGAUACAUUUGAAGUCUUAGAAACGGUAGGAGUUGUGGAUGGUACCUGGGAAGUGGGGGAUAUGGUUGAUUGGUUCCAAAAGGAUUGCUAUUGGUCUGCGCGGAUCACUAAAGUACUAGAUGAGAAGAAUGUAGAGAUUAAGUUACCAGAACCUCCCAUGGGUGAAGGAGAAACUUAUAUAGCACUAUGCAAAGAUUUACGCCCAUCCUUGGAUUGGAACCCAAAGCUCGGUUGGACUCUGCCCAUCUUUGAGGUAGGUGAGAAUUUCCGCCGUUGUGUUCGCUUGAUGCAGCCUAAGAGUUCAGGAAAUGUUCGAAAAAAUGCGGCUGGUUCAAAUGAGAUGUCAUCCUAUGUUUCUUCACAUACUUCAGCUGGCUCAAUCCCUCAAGAUUUACCGGUAGAUUCUCCAGGAAAGGAAAAUCUGAAACAAGCUUCAGUGAUUAAGAUCAAGAGCAGCUUAGCAGAGGAGCCAUCCUCCCACUCUCUAGAGAGUCAUUCACGUAAUUUGCAGAACAAACAAAAGACUGACACAUCAAGCAUACAAAAUGAUGGUGCGGAAAGGUCUAGUUGGUCAGAUAGUGUGUCAAGUCCGGAUGGCGAUAAUCAUGAAACAGUUUUACCAAGAAAUAAUGUGGCAUCAAGAGCUCAAUCUGAUUCUUGUGGUUCCUCGAAAAAGAUGAGAAAAAGUGAACCUGAAGUGAACUCAACAUCCUUUGACACAAUAGAGUCGUCUAUUAUUGGCUUGCAGGAACUUGUUAACAGGGUUGGAUUGCUCAGAAGGUUAUUAGACUAGGUGUCUGCUUAUUCAAAUGCGACGAAGCCUUCAUUGAGGAUUCUGGAUACCGAAGCGCUUCAACCUGUAAGAUAAGAAUAGUACAUUGGCCAUUAUAGUCCUAGCUUUUUUCUGGUCAGAUUCACUGCUCUCUCAGUAUGUAUAGAGUUAGUAAGACAGCAAACACAUGGAUGGUGUUUUUGAUAAACAACAAAGAAGGUGCAUUUUUUGGAUUCUUUUAAGCAGCCUAAUGACAGUGAAGCCUGGCAAACAUUGACAUCCAUGUAUAUUUUAUCUAAUACAGUAUCUGGUUUAUGUUUAUGCAAAAUGCUCUUUAAAGGUAAUGUUUAAUAUA